CACGUCAUGCAGAUUAAAAAAGGAGAGAAGAUGGUCGAAAAAGGGGCUGGAGUGGGCACUGUAAAUGUUGGCUUUUCUUUUUCUUUCUAGGGAAGAAUGGUGCACAAGAAAAAGGGGUUAAUGGAACAAGGGCACAGCACAAACCAGUCACCACUACCCUCAGAAAUUAGGACCGGUAGAGCUCCCUCCCUCUCUCCUCGCUCUGGUUGCUUCUCUUGUAGUUUUUCCUCUCUCUCUCUGCUUGUGCUCUAUCUCUUGUGCAGUGGAGGUGAUGCCUUGAUCUGUCUGUUUGUUCAUCGAGUCUGCAAGAUUUGGUAGAGGGGGAAGCCAGGCGAAAGAGCCAAAGAGCCCAUCUUUUUUUAGUCUUUUCGGUUCGGUUUCCUGGUUGCUUCAUUUGGAUCCCGGGGAGGAGCCCACCGUUUCUACAAAAACCCAAUCUUUGCUGCGUUCUCCGAGCUUGAGAUCGAUAGGUUUCCAGAUCUAAGGCCCCUCUGGCUGUGAGAUCGCAGACGCAGCAAUCCGAGCACGCAACACCAGGGAGAAUAUCCAAGAAAAGAUUUCGCGAGGUAAAGGAGCGAAAAGAAGAUAUUGGAGAAGAGAAGGUAAAUAAAUGGUCAUCGUGAGGAAGUGUGAGAUGGGGAGGUGGCGGAGAUGACGGAUGCUAUCGGCUGUGAUGGAAUACUUGAGAUCUUGCUGGGGACCGGCAUCGCCGUCCGGGCGCCCCCGCAAAGGAUCGGACGCCGCCGGCCGGCAGGACGGGCUCCUGUGGUACAAGGACGGCGGGCAGGUUGUCGACGGUGAGUUCUCUAUGGCCGUGGUCCAGGCCAAUAAUCUGCUGGAGGACCACAGCCAGGUGGAAUCCGGGCCGCUGAGCACAACGGAGCCCGGCCUGCAAGGCACCUUCGUUGGCGUCUAUGAUGGGCACGGUGGCCCGGAGACGGCACGCUACAUCAAUGAUCACAUCUUCAACCAUCUGAGGAGGUUCGCAUCUGAGCACAAGGGCAUGUCAGCGGAUGUGAUUCGGAAGGCUUUCCGAGCGACUGAGGAGGGGUUCAUUUCUGUAGUUAGUAGCCAGUGGUCCUUGAGGCCUCAAUUAGCGGCAGUAGGCUCUUGCUGUCUGGUUGGUGUGGUUUGCAGCGGAACUCUAUAUGUUGCAAACCUUGGGGACUCCCGUGCUGUUCUUGGGAGACUCGUCAAGGGAACUGGAGAGGUUUUGGCAAUGCAGCUCUCAGCAGAACACAAUGCAUCCUAUGAGGAGGUUAGACAAGAGCUGCAGGCAUCACAUCCUGAUGAUCCCCAUAUUGUGGUCCUAAAGCACAAUGUUUGGCGUGUGAAGGGUAUCAUCCAGAUAACAAGGUCUAUUGGAGAUGUAUAUCUGAAGAAACCGGAGUUCAAUAGAGAACCUUUGCACAGCAAGUUUCGCCUUCAGGAAACUUUCAGGAGACCACUUCUUAGUUCUGAUCCAGCAAUUACUAUACACCAAAUACAGCCAACUCAUAAGUUCAUCAUUUUUGCAUCUGAUGGACUCUGGGAGCAUCUUAGUAAUCAGGAAGCAGUUGACAUGGUCCAAAGUAGCCCUCGGAAUGGAAUUGCUCGAAGGUUAGUAAAGGCUGCAAUGCUGGAAGCAGCGAAGAAAAGGGAGAUGAGGUAUUCAGACCUCAAGAAAAUUGAUCGUGGUGUAAGGCGGCACUUCCAUGAUGAUAUAACCGUCGUGGUGGUGUUUUUGGAUUCAAAUGCCAUAAAAACUGCUACCUGGAGCAGACCCUCGGUUUCUCUCCGAGGCGGUGGUGUUCCUAUCCCUGCAAAUACCCUUGCUCCAUUAUCAGUUCCUACAGAGCUAAAUAGCUCUUACUGAAACUAUACUGGAGGUGAAGGGGUCAAGAAGAUCCAAAAGGUAAAGGAAAAGAAGAAAGAAGAGCAGCAGUUGUGACCAGCUGAAGUGUAUUUUCUGCGUUGUUCUUGUAAAACCUUUUAGAUUCAACCUGGUGACUAGCGUACUGAUAGCAAGGUAUAAGAUUUUAGAUUAUUCUUAGUCUCCCCCCUCCCCUCUUACCCUUUAGAUUCACUCAUGGGAUAUCAGGUGGUUGUACAUUCUACGGAUCAACUUGUGAUAAUAGUUCAUGGUCUUUCUUUUGUC